CUUCGCCAGUCAAUUCCUCCACGACCUCAAUUCCCCCGCGUUUACCCGUUGCGUCUAUCGCUUCACUACACUAGCACUGCACAUCAUGGGUGUCCCCUUCGAGGCCUUGCUUCCUUUUGGAAUCAUCAUCGGUUCCCUCACUGCUGGUGCUGGUGGUAUCUGGGCUGUGAAGUAUUAUGCCAACGGCUGGAAGCAGCCGCGUUGGAACCUUGACCUGUGGGAUAGAGUGAUGAUGGAGAGAGACCAAAGAAUGACAGGAAUAUUCCGUGGUCAAUCGGCCAACCCCACAGCUCCCACGGGCUUCGAACUCAACAACCCCUGGAAGCUCGAGAAACGGAUCUACUAAGGCGACCCCCGCGCCAUGUCUGCAAUUUCCUAUUUGUGCCUUAUUUGUUCGUCCUGCAUUAGCUUUGAGAGAAAUAUCCACGCCUCGGGUUAGAAAGAAUAACCUCUUUCUUUGUUAUCUGUACAAUUAUUGCCGAGCCAGCGACUUCCUCGCUGCCACGGUAGAGUUCCCAAAAAUGUCUAAACAUUCUAUUUGAUCUGAGAAA